AGCAUCUUCUUUUUGCCCCUAGAGAAAACCCACGAGAAAAGAUGUUUGCGCUUGGAUGUGGAACUUGGAUAAAAUCGCGAUCUCCGUGUGCGUAAAACAAGCUUUUCUCAUUAGUACGUCGGUCUCAUCUCUCCACUACGGCGCAUUAUUAGGAGACCGGGGGUGGGGCGACAGCAGUCUGUCCCGGUGAGGGGAGGAGAGAACAGGCAACUGAGGCGGAUCUUUCGCGGCUGCUCGUUUCUGGGCGCUGGAGAGUGCGGGACCAGGGCUGGAGACACCCCCGGGGAGAAGGAACAGAACCAGUCCAGCACGGACCUCGCUUGACCGCUGCGCCGUGCACUCUUGUUUGGGGACUGCACAACAUUCCUAUGAAAUAUUACAGCUUUUAAUGGCAUGUGGCUUGUAACUUUACUUCUGCUGUAUUCUUUGCAAGAAGUCAACAGUGAGGAUGUUGUCUCUACGCGGCUGUACUUUGUGAACGCCUCCCUGCAGCGGGUGACCUUCUCCAGCUCGGUGGGGGUGUCCCUGCCCUGCCCUGCGGGCGGCGCCCCCCAUGCCGUCCUGCGCUGGUACCUGGCCACCGGAGACGACAUUUACGAUGUGCCCCAUAUCCGCCAUGUGCAUGCCAAUGGCACCCUCCAGCUAUACCCCUUCUCACCCUCAGCCUAUAACAGCAUCAUCCACGACAACGAGUACUUCUGCACUGCUGAGAACCAAGCAGGCAAGAUACGAAGCCCCAGCAUCCAUAUCAAAGCAGUGUUUAGGGAGCCCUACACAGUCCGUGUGUCCGACCAGCGCUCCAUGCGGGGUAAUGUUGCCGUGUUCAAGUGCCUCAUCCCCUCCGCCGUCCAGGAGUACGUCAGCGUGGUGUCCUGGGAGAAAGACACUGUUUCCAUCGUCCCCGGUAAUCGUUUCUUCCUGACUUUAUAUGGCGCUUUGUAUAUCUCAGAAGUGCAAAAGGAAGAUGCUCUUUCCACAUACCGCUGCAUCACAAAGCACAAGUACAGUGGAGAGACUCGCCAAAGCAAUGGAGCCAGACUUUCUGUUAUGGACCCUACGGAGUCCACCCCGUCCGUGUUGGACAGUUUCCAGUCUGGUGAGGUGCAGAUCGGGCACAACGUGGAGCUACCCUGCAUCGCCUCUGGAUAUCCGAACCCUACCAUCCGAUGGUUAAAAGAUGGUCGACCAUUACCAGCAGACUCCCGCUGGACACGCCGCAUCACUGGCCUCACCAUCUCUGACUUGAGACUUGAGGACAGUGGCAAUUACAUCUGUGAGGUUACCAACAGCUUUGGCUCUAAGGAGGUGGCAGGUCACCUCAAUGUUAUUGAACCACUCAGAGUGACCUUGUCUCCUAAGAAUCUGAAGACAGGGAUCAGCAGUACAGUCAUCCUCUCCUGUGCUGUUCAAGGUUCCCCCCACUUUACUGUCUCUUGGUACCGAAACACAGAGUCUGUCCUGCCCGAUCAGCACUUUUCCAUCCAAGGGGCUCACAAUGAGACACUGUUUAUUUCCGCUGCACAAAAGAGACACUCUGGAGCUUACCAGUGCUUUGCCACACGAAAAGGCCAGACCGCCCAGGACUUCUCUAUCAUACUGCUAGAAGAUGGCACUCCCCGCAUUGUUGCCUCGUUCAGUGAACGUGUAGUGGUCCCAGGCGAGCCGUUUUCCUUGAUGUGCGCUGCCAAAGGAGCACCUCCACCGACCAUCACGUGGACCCUGGACGACGAACCCGUAGCUCGGGACCUGUCCCGUGUCCGGACCAGCCAGUACACGCUUUCUGAUGGCAGCACUGUGAGCCACGUCAAUGUCAGCAGCCCUCAAAUUCGAGAUGGAGGAGUGUAUCGGUGCGCCGCACGAAACUCGGCUGGUAGUGCCGAGUACCAAGCGCGCAUAAACGUAAGAGGUCCACCAAGGAUUAGGCCUAUGAAGAACAUCACGGCAGUUGCAGGGAGAAACACUUUUAUAAACUGCCGUGUAAUUGGGUAUCCGUACUACUCAAUUAACUGGUACAAAGAUGGGCUCCUGUUGCCUGACAACCAUCGCCAGGUGGUGUUUGAGAAUGGGACUCUGAAGCUCAGCGAUGUUCAGAAAGGCAUGGACGAGGGGGCUUAUGUGUGCAGCGUGCUGAUUCAACCGCAGCUAUUCAUCACGCAGACUGUCUAUGUCACCGUCAAAGUUCCUCCACUGAUCCAGCCAUUUGACUUUCCGCCGACCUCCAUUGGUAAAUUGAUGUACAUAGCCUGCGUGGUGUCGUCUGGAGACAUGCCCAUACACAUUACGUGGCGCAAAGACGGCCAGGAGAUCGUGCCCUCCUCAGGCAUCACUAUUGAUACCAAGGAGUUCAUGAGCUCCCUCCAGAUAUCCAAGGUGUCACUCAAACACAACGGCAACUACACCUGCAUAGCCAGGAAUGAUGCUGCCACUGUCAGCACAGAGAGGCAGCUCACAGUUACAGUGCCUCCGCGGUUUGUUGUGCAGCCCAACAAUCAGGAUGGAAUCUAUGGCAAGGCAGCAAUCCUGAACUGUUCUGUUGAUGGCUACCCUCCACCUAAGGUCAUGUGGAAGCAUGCCAAGGGGGCACUAGCGGGAAUUGGAAACCCCCAACAGUACCACCCUGUGCCGCUGACAGGCCGGAUUCAGAUCAUGAAUAAUGGCUCUCUACUAAUCAGACACGUCUUGGAAGAGGACCGUGGCUUCUACCUCUGUCAGGCCUCCAAUGGAGUGGGCUCAGACAUUAGCAAGAGCAUGGUCCUCACAGUUAAGAUCCCAGCAAUGAUCACCAGUCACCCCAACACUACCAUGGCUAAGAAGGGUCAUGUGAAGGAGUUGAACUGCACAGCCAGGGGAGAAUGGCCCAUCAUCAUCCGCUGGGAAAGAGGGGACACCGUUAUUGACCCCGACCGCAACCCACGAUACUCCAUAACCACUAGUCCCAAUGAAAAGACAGAUGAAGUGUUGUCUACACUAAAGCUAAAGCCAGCAGAGCGUGAGGAUUCAGUUUUCUUCUCCUGUCAUGCUAUCAAUUCUUAUGGAGAAGGACGGGGCCUUAUUCAACUCACUGUUCAAGAGCCUCCGGACCCCCCGGAACUGGAGGUGCGAGAAGUGAAGGAUCGAAGUAUGAAUCUUAGGUGGACCCAAAGAUUUGAUGGAAAUAGCAUUAUUACCUCUUAUGAUAUUGAAUACAAAAACAAGACAGAUACCUGGGAGCUUAAGCAUGCCACUCGAAACAUCUCUCCCACAAACAAUCAGGCCAACAUUGUGGACCUUCACCCCGCCUCUGUUUAUAGUAUUCGGAUGUACUCAUACAAUGCCAUUGGAAAGAGUGAGGCCAGCAAGGAACUCACCAUCAGCACAGAAGAAGCUCAGCCUGACGGCCCUCCAAUGGAUGUGACCCUGCAGGCAGUGACUUCUCAAAGCAUCAGAGUCACCUGGAAGGCGCCGAGGAAGGAGCUACAGAACGGCGUGAUUCGAGGUUACCAGAUUGGUUAUAGAGAGAAUGGCCCAGGCAGCAAUGGCCAGUACAGCAUUGUGGAGAUGAAAGCCACAGGAGACAGCGAAGUCUACACCCUUGACAAUCUAAAGAAGUUUGCUCAGUAUGGAGUGGUGGUCCAGGCCUUCAACAGAGCUGGAACUGGACCUUCAAGCUCAGAAAUCAAUGCUACAACCCUGGAAGACGUGCCCAGUCAGCCCCCUCAGAACGUGCGAGCCAUCUCUGUCACAUCCGACGAGGCGGUGAUCACAUGGGCUGAGCCUCCAAGAAUGACUCUGCAUGGAGUUUUGAAGGGAUAUCGGGUCGUGUUUUGGGCUGUUUUCCCAGAUGGAGAGUGGGGUGAAAUGCAAAACAUUACAACGAUCAAGGAGCAGGUAGAGCUGAAAGGCCUGGAGAAGUUCACCAACUACAGCAUCCAGGUUCUUGCGUUCACUCAGGCAGGAGAUGGAGUACGGAGCAACGUCCUGUACAUCCAAACCCGAGAAGACUUACCUGGACCUCCAGCUGGCAUCAAAGCUGUGCCCUCCUCUGCCAGCAGUGUUGUGGUGUCAUGGUUACCCCCUCACAAGCCAAAUGGAAUCAUCCGCAAGUACACAAUCUACUGCUCCAGCCCUGGCUCAGGUCAACCACUGCCAAGCGAGUAUGAGGCCAACCCGGAGCUGCUGUUUUACCGAAUCACCCACCUCAACCACCGACAGCAGUACCUGAUCUGGGCUUCAGCUGUCACAACUGCAGGUCGCGGGAACUUCAGUGACAAAGUCACAGUAGAACCAGCCGCUAAGGCUCCAGCUAAAAUCAUAUCCUUUGGAGGUACGGUGACCACUCCCUGGAUGAAAGAGGUGCGCCUGCCCUGCAGCUCAGUAGGUGAACCCACACCUUCCAUAAAAUGGACCAAAGACAGUGAGGACACCGCCAUCCCUGUGUCUGUGGAUGGACAGCGCCUUAUUUUGUCCAACGGGACUCUGGUGCUGCGCUCCGUUAAAGCGGAAGACUCUGGCUACUACACCUGCACGGCCACCAACACGCUCGGCUUUGACACUAUAAUCGUCAACCUUUUGGUGCAAGUGCCUCCAGACCAGCCUCGUCUAACAGUCUCCACCACCUCCACAUCCUCCAUUACGCUUGCCUGGAUACCAGGAGAUAACGGCGGCAGCUCUAUCAGAGGUUUUGUGCUGCAGUACUCAGUCGAUAAUACCGAGGAAUGGAAAGACGUGUUCAUCAGUUCUACUGAGCGCUCCUUCAAACUGGACAACCUGCGUUGUGGAACCUGGUAUAAAGUGAAACUGGCGGCCAAGAACAGCGUUGGUGCUGGACGAAUCAGCGAGAUCAUUGAAGCAAAGACUCACGGACGAGAGCCCCAGUUCAACAAGGAUCAGCCUGUCUUCACCUAUAUUAACUCCAGCCAUGCUCGCCUCAACCUGCAAGGCUGGGCUAGUGGAGGCUGUCCAAUCUCUGUGGUCACUCUGGAGUUCAGACCCAAAGGUACGUGGGCUUGGCAAAGUGUUCGGACAAACGCCACUGCAGACGUGUUCCUGGCAGAACUGCGUGAGGCGACCUGGUACGAACUGAAGAUGAAAGCAUGUAACAGUGCUGGCUGUGGCAACCAGAGCUCCCAGUUUGCAACACUGGACUAUGAUGGAAGCACGAUUGCUCCCAUUAAAUCCCCGCUAGAGAAGAAUGAUGAUGUGAAGAAGCUGUUCUCUAUCGGUUGUCCUGUGAUCCUGGUCACUGUCGGCAUUGCACUGCUCUUCAUUAUUCGCAAGAAACGCAAAGAAAAGAGGCUGAAGAGACUUAGAGAUGCCAAGAGUCUGGCAGAGAUGUUAAUCAGCAAAAACAACCGCAGCUUUGACACCCCUGUUAAAGGCCCCCCUCAAGGCCCUCGGCUGCACAUCGACAUCCCCAGAGUACAGCUGUUAAUUGAAGACAAAGAAGGCAUCAAGCAAAUUGGUGACGACAAAGCUACAAUCCCUGUGACAGAUACAGAGUUCAACCAAACCGGGAAUCCUCAGAGCUUCUGCACUGGUGUGUCUGUCCAUCACCCUGCACUCAUCCAGAACACUGGUCCUUUGAUAGACAUGUCUGACAUCAGACCAGGAACCAACCCAGUGUCGAGGAAGAGUGUGAAGUCAGCCCACAGCAUCAGGAACCGCUACUCUAGUCAGUGGACUCUGACCAAGUGUCAGGCUUCUACGCCAGCCCGCACUCUCACUUCAGACUGGCGCACAGUUGGCUCUCAGCAUGGCAUCACUGUCACUGAGAGUGACAGCUACAGUGCCAGCCUCUCACAAGACACAGAUAAGGGGCGCAACAGCAUGGUGUCCACAGAGAGUGCCUCUUCCACCUACGAGGAGCUGGCCAGAGCAUAUGAGCAUGCCAAGCUGGAGGAACACUUGCAACAUGCCAAAUUUGAGAUUACAGAGUGCUUUAUUUCUGACAGCUCAUCUGAUCAGAUGACCACAGGUACCAAUGACAAUGCAGACAGCAUGACGUCGAUGAGUACGCCGUCAGAGCCUGGUAUCUGCCGUUUCACUGCCUCGCCACCAAAGCCCCAAGACUACGAUCGUGGCAAAAAUGUAGCCGUGCCCAUUCCACACCGCGCCAAGAGUGACUACUGCAACCUACCCUUAUACAUGAAGUCAGAUCCCUUUUUCCGAAAACGGUCAGAACAUCAUGAUCCAUGUCCUGUGGUUCCACCACGCGAAGCCUCUGCUCGUGGCCUGGCCCAACGGGCAUACCACACCCAGGGCCGUCAUGUGACUAUGGACACUGCGAAGCAGCAGUCACUCAGCAUGGGCCACUCCGGCCUAUCCAACCUCACUUCCUCUGGAGCAUCCUCUGGGGGGGCAACAGGGGGCGCCGCUGGAGGUAGUGGGAGCGGAGGGAUGUCUUCUAGCUCUAGCAGCUCCACGCUUCCACAGAGGACUCUCACCAUGUCUGGCUCCUCAGCUCAGGUGGCUCAGUGUGCGGCUGCAAGCGCAGCUGCCACCGCGGCGGCAGCAUCGUCCUCCUCUGCUGGCGGUGGGGCAGUGGGGGCCACAGGAGGGACCCCUGGAGGUGCUUCUUCUUCUUCCUCUAAAAUGGGAGGAUCUAGAGACUCUCUCCUGGAGAGCAGCUCCUCAGGCUUGAGUAGAUUACAGAAGCAGAGGGAUGGAGGGUCAGGGGCCUACUCCAAGUCCUACACGCUCGUGUAGCUUGCCAUCAACGGGGCCAGUCACUGUAACUCUUAAUACAUAGCUGGACAAGCCAGCACUUGCCUGGAGCCUCCAUUCUAAACUGGUGUGAGGAACAUACACAUGCACAGCUUACCCGUCAGUGCCUGUGCUGUGCCAGGCUGAACAAGGCUGGUUGGGUUACCGCUGACACAACUGUUGGGAGAGGUCAGAGUUAGGUCUCCACAGCACAGGGGUGUUUGCCUUUCUUUCUGCUUGACUGCUUUAUGUUAUUAAUGUGUCAUUUAUCUGUCUUAUUUCACCGUUCUGGAAAUCACUUGCCAAACUCUUUUUCUGUUAACUCCACACGUUCAUUCUUUUGGCUAGGACACAGUACUUAUGCACAAAAAUGCUUUCCACACACACUGUCUUGUUUUUCUAAAUCAAGGCGGCUGUAGAAUGGUUGCUUGAGAAGCGUGAUAAGGAUUUUAGGUUUUUAAAUAGUGUAGGUACCUUUCUGUUGUUGUCGUUUCCAAUGGAAAAAUUAGCUUAUAUCACAGCAUUGUGCCAUGGCAGGAUGCUUUUUAAUGUAUGCAUAAACCACCAGCCUUGGUGUCACAUCGGCUCUGCAAGGUUACGCUAUCAUGGAUUCAGACUGUUGGGACAAAGGUUGUUUUUUUUCUGUUUUUUUUUCUUUAUACAUGCAACAACACAGCAUCCAUAAUUGAUGCUUUUAUAAAUAAUAUAAAUAUGAAAAAUGUCAAGCAUCAUCAAGUGAUAUAUGACUCCAGAAUUUCUUUCAGGUCAGUUUUUAGUUUUUUUUUUGUUUGUUUUUUUUAAUGCAGUUUAAACUCGUGAACUAAGAAAAUGUUAGAGUGGAUCCAAGUUCUUGAGAAGUUCACAAGCCUGCGUGUGUGCGUGUUUUCAGGUGUAUAUGUGUAAAUAUACUAUAUGUAUACAUGAGGCAGGCACACACCAACAGUGGACCUUCAAGUCAAUCUGUAUGCUGACCUCUCGGGCAGACGUCUGUGUCGAACAGGAGUCCUCUUCUCAUCGUUUAUGUUGGACCUGGGAAACGGGGUGUGGAACGGCAAAAGUGAAGUCGAUGGAGAUGGUGAUAACAUAAUACUACCAUUCUUUUUUUGCGUUUUAAACUUUGUUUAGCUACCUGUGAUUAACAAAUGACGACGUAUUUGAACAAAUUAACCUUUUAACACCGGAGCUCAAGUGUUUAUGUUCUAUACCACUAUAACUUUUUAACUUUUAGCAUGAUCAAUGUAAUUCUACUAGAUUUUGAAGGCGAAAAGCGGCUAACACCGCUUUUCGCCUUCAAAAUCUACUAGAAUUACGAUGAUUGCGCUAACGAUUAAAAAGUUACGGUGUGUUAAAGGUCAUUGGCGACUUCUCAGGUGUUAAAGGGUUAAGACUGUUUUGGGUUCACUCAAGACAACAAACAUUUUUUGUUGUUUUCAUGGAAAAAAGUUCUCUUUCACGGUUGAUUCAUCCUUUGCUUGUUUUGACGGCUUUAUAUUCCAGCUUUUUGCACAUAAACCCAAUGAUAUCCACACAGUGUCACUGUGACCUAAUGGCAAGUAAACAAGAAGAAAAUGACAAAUUUGCAAACAAAAGAAACACAUUUUGAUCAUCAUAAACAGUGUAUAAAAUUAUUUAGUGAUGAAAAAAAAAGAAAAAUUGGGCAAUUAUUGCAUUUUCCAGGAAUUUUCUAUAAGGAAAUGUUGACAGUAUUUGUAAAAAUGAGAAACAUUUUCAUGAAAAAAAAUGAUGGGGUUCUUCAAAACUUAAAACCUUAUCAAGUUCAUCCACCUUUUUCCAAAUGAUUUUAGCUUUAUGCAUGGUACUGUAUCUGUUACAUGUUUUUGUUUCUACUCCCAAAGCUUAAUCCAUUAACAAAGAUCGCUCCAAAAAGAAAAGCAAGAGUUGCUCCAAAAGUUUUGCCGCAGUGAAACUUAACAUCAGGGCUCUCGCAAUAGAAAAAAAAGAUGUUAAAAAAAAUAUAUAUCUUUGUUUUCAAAAGUAUGUACAUAUAUAUUUCUAUUAAAAUAUAUAGCAAAUAUAUGGAUAUUGAUAAAAGCAGAGAAAUAUAAAAGCCGUUUUAAUUGAAAAAAUAAAUAAAUAAAUAUAAACGAUCACAAGACAAUCGCUCAGAGUCACGAAUCACACAACAGGGAAGUUAAGAGGGGUGAUCUCAAAGAGAAAGGAAAUGGUCUGGAGAAAAACGUUACUGUGGACGUACAGUAAAGAGAGAGUGGAGAAGUCAUCGGCCUUGUGGUUUUGUAAAGGACAAGCACAGUAAUAAUUGAAAUGUGAGAUUGUGUUGGUUUACUGUGGCUCAGUGCAGAGGGUUUGACAUUGAAAAAGAAACCGUUUUAAGCCUUUAACAUCGGAGCUCCAGUGUUUAUGUUCUUUGAUUUACUGUCAUUUUUUGAUAGUUAACACGAUUAAUGUAAUUCUCAGAAUCUGCUGGAAUUACGUUAAUCGUGUUAGCGGUUGAAAAGUUGCAGUAUGUUGAAGUUUUUGUGUUUAACGGCGCAGGUGUUAAAGGGUUAAAGUCAGGACAAACAGUAAUUGAACCUCUUGUGUUAUGUUGUGAUUUACCUUUAAAAGGUGUAUUUGCAAUCUUAACGCCAUUACUCAGCUACAGUUAAUUAACAAAGACAAACUAACAAAAGUUUAACAGUUCAAUUUUUUUAUUUAUUUUUUUUAUACCCCUGUCAAUGUUAGUCCUUUCUGGAAUCCAGUAGGCCACCGACGAUAGAAACGAUGACUUUUGUUUUUUUUUUUUUUUGACACAAGGAAGACAUGUAUCCGGUUUGCCCUAUAGGAUAAAAUGUCUUUUGUUUUGGCUUUUUAUGUUUUAUGGUAUGCAACACUUGUCUUUAGAAAGUGAUGACUCUGGUACAAGGGUUAGACCUGUUUUCAACUCGAUUAAAACAGGGGCUUCCUUACAUGGCUUGAAUGGGUUUUUAUUGGAUUCAUUAAAUACAUUUUAAACAAAACUGCUCUGUCUGGUUGCUUAGUGAAUUAAAAAAAUACAGAUGCUGUUCUUGCAAUGAAAAGUCCACCAUGGGUUUCUCAAUAAUCCACCAGUUAUGUGUCCUGGAAGGGCAACACUUUUUAUGUUGUGACACAGGAUUUUGUCCACUUUUUUUUUUUUUUUUUUAGCAAAUGCUGCAGAAAUGUCUAUUUAUCAAGUGCAGGUAGAAUAAUAUUUUACCUAAAAAUCACUAAAGCUAAGAAAGGUUUGUUACUUUUAGGAGACAGGUAAAUGGCGCUUGUGACAGUGAAAAGUGCUGCAAAUGUAGUUUCACAUUUGCUUGGUUUAAACAAAAAAAGAGAAAUAUUAAACGUUGCAAAAUAAAAUGUGUGGACUUUAUACUAUACUGAUAAAAAGUACUUCGGUGGGAUGGAGAAAAAAAAAUAGAAAUAGGACUUUUUUGUGUGUUACUGCUAAUAUAUUGAGCAUAGUCAGUGUAACUUUUGAUUUCAUCAAAGAAGAAUGGCACUUUUACUGAACUCCUAACAUCAGCUGUCAGCCGAAUAAACUCAGAAAGCCUUUGCAUCCUGUUGCCUUACUUUUUAAAGUUUUAUCAAAUACGGUUUUAUUAGCAGGUAAGAAAAAAACCCAACAACAUUGGACUUUUUAACUAAUUUAUAUUUUUAUUUAUUGUGAAUUUAACUGUCCAACAUAUUCGGGACAUUGUUUUGUCUAACUGUUGGAUGGAUGUUUUUUUUUUUUUUUUUUUUUUCCCAAACUAGCCUAAUCUUUUAUUCAUUUCUGAAAAUAAAUAUUUCUAAGAACUCUCUAUUUGUCAUCCUAAAACAUCAUUUUCAGAGUAACAGAAGACUUGUGUACAUAGGGAACUGUUUUGUAUAAAUGAGUACUAUUUUCAACAUCUUCAUUAGAAAUCAGGGCACAAUGUAAACUUCUACUAAAGUUAAUGUAAUGAGGAGUUAAUAAAACUAUAGAGGUAUAAUGAUAACUUCUUUAUCCUGAUAUUUAGACCAAUUAAAACAUGUCAGAGUGGACCAUGCAUAGUUAAUUAUAUAGCUAUUUUAUUUUACUGGGCAUUUUGCUGCACUGUCUUAUUUUUUCCUGCUAUUUGACUUUUUUUUGUCACAAGUUACUUGAUUUUCAUUUUUUUUUUUUUUUUUUUACUUUUCACUUUUUUGGAAGAAUUGCAGCAGCGUUGCAUGUUCUGAAAUUUUUUGCAGGAUAUAAAUGAAGGAAAAAAAGAUAAAUUGAAGAUAUGGUUUUAAUGAAAAUGACCAUUUUAAAAAUCCCAAGGUUGGUUGUUGCUUCAACUUUUAUGGGGAAAUGUUGCUUCGAUUUGCAAUUGCUUGUGUUUAACUCUACAUUUUCUUUUCUAUGAAAAACAAACAAAAAAAAACAGAAAAAAAGAAUACUUAACACCUUGUGCAAUAAAGCUAUCUUUUUAUAAACUGUGAGGGUAUUUUUUAUUGAAAGGGUUUGCUGUAUGAGUGCUUGAGUGUGUGAGGUUCUAAAUACAAAAGAUGAUGCAGAACUAACGGAAGAUUAAUUAAGAAACAUUCUUUGUCAAUGUUGAGAACAGCUCAUGAAACUAAAUAUAGUGUGCUUAAACUCUGUUAAUGUCAUUAACAACAGCCAGUCUAGCCUACACUAACUACCUACCCCAGGUGAAGUAUAAACUGGACUAGUUACUAGUCUAAUAUGGAGUCAGAUUCAGAUAAAUGACAACUCACACAAUCAAAGUGACAAUAAAAAGAAAAGAAAAAAA